AUGGAUUACUCUUUCUACGACCCUCGAUCACAGCCCUCCGGCUUCUCGCUCUAUGGACUGCCUACCCCCGACCAACCCCAUGCGCAACCAGAUACAUUCGCCCCUCUAAACUUCCCUAACUAUAAUCCCUCAUUCCCCAUCGACUCAUUUGUUCCGCCACCGCAUUCACCGCCAGAAUCAGUCAAGCACUCUGCUUCCAGCAGCGAUGCUGCCAAUCAGCACACACGCCCCUCAUUUGACGGGGAUGAAACCCAAUUCGCAGACCCAACCCUAGGGAGGAGCAGCAGCGAGGAAAAGGAAUCAGCGCCCGCACAAAGCAAACGCAAGGCCCAAAACCGAGCAGCUCAACGAGCAUUCAGAGAGCGCAAAGAACAACAUGUCCGUGACCUUGAAGAUAAAGUAAACACCCUCGAACAAGCAUCCAGCACCUUACAAGCCGACAACGAGCGUCUCAAGCGCGAACUAGCCCAAUACACCACUGAGAAUGAAAUCUUGCGCGCCACAUCACAAGUCCACCGAGGACAUGUUAGCUCAAACGAGAACCCUACGCCAACAGUCACAGGUCCAAUGAAAUUUUCCCCCACGGACUUUCACGCCACCUUCAUGCCGGACGGCCCUGGUACGCCCCGAAGCCCGCACCACCGUCUGACUGUGUGUCCGAUCACCGGCGAGAGAUUGUUAGAUGCGCGUGCGACGUGGGACCUCAUUCAGAAACACGAGCUGUUUGAGCGUGGUCAGCUUGAUAUUGGUGAUAUCACGGACCGGUUGAAGGGUAUGUCGCAGUGUGAUGGGCAGGGACCUGCUUUCAAAGAGGGUCAGGUUCGUCAGGCUAUUGAGGAGAGCGCGGCUGUUGACCGUGAUGAAUUGAUUUGA